AGUUUCUUCCUUUUCUGCCGCUCUGCAAAUUCCGAAGCCCCAAUUCUGUUUUCCCAACAAUGGCGCGAAAGUCUUCUCUCCUCAAGCGAACCCUAGCUUCUUCCUGCAUUAUUCUCGCCCUAUAUGCCAUCGUCAACACCUUCAUCAGCUCCACAGCCACUCUCAAGCUCGACCGUUCCUUCCCCUUCAGCUCUGCCAAUUCCGUCGUAGUCUCCGAUGAAUUUGGUUCGCAAGACACUGAUCUCCUCAAUACUUCAGGAAAAUUCGUUUCCCCUGUCAAGAUUUACCUCUACGAUGUGCCGACGAGGUUUACGUACGGUGUAAUUGAGCACCACGGCAUAGCGCGCGGAGGGAAAUCCGUCGCUGAAGUCACGGCGCUUAAGUAUCCAGGUCAUCAGCAUAUGGCGGAGUGGUUUCUGUUCACGGAUCUGCUUCGACCGGAGUCGGAGCGUAUUGGGUCUGCUGUGGUUAGGGUGUUCGAUCCUAAGGAAGCGGAUUUGUUCUAUGCACCGUUCUUCGCGUCCUUAAGCUUGAUUGUGAACCCUAUCCGACCUGCAACGUCGUCGGGUCAGCAGCAGCAGCUUGUGUACAGUGACGAGGAGUCGCAGGACGCCUUCAUGGAGUGGUUGGAGAAGCAGGAGUACUGGAAGCGGAACAAUGGAUGGGAUCACGUCAUUAUAGCGCAGGACCCGAAUGCAUUAUAUAGGGUCAUUGACAGGGUUAAGAACAGUAUCUUGCUCGUUUCGGAUUUCGGGCGGUUGAGGGCCGACCAAGCAUCGCUAGUUAAGGACGUAAUUGUCCCAUACUCCCAUAGGAUCAAUACUUAUAAUGGUGAUAUCGGAGUUGAAAAUCGCAAGACUUUAUUGUUCUUUAUGGGCAAUCGAUACCGUAAAGAGGUCCUUGUAAGAAAUGUCCCACCCGAUCCGGAUGAAUCUGUCAGCGAGCUUGUUGAGCACUUUUUCUUAGUGAACCAUCCGGGUCACUAUCUUACUCAUCAGGUCGUACGGGAUGCAAACAAGUUGGCCAAACUAGUCAAGAAGAAGAAGAAAGCACAGAAUUGGCUUGACUACUACCAACUCAAGUAUUCAAGAAACUCUACAAUUAAGCCUGUCGUGAAGACUGGUUUUCUUGGACUCUGGGGGAAGAAAGUGGACGCAAUUGAGUUUCAAACAGCAGAGAUUGAGAGGCUAUCCAUAGAAAUAGCCUCGGAGAGAAAAAGGAUUUCCGAUGAUCCAAAAUCUAUUAUGCCAGCAGCAUUUGUAUCAUUUAAGUCGCGUUGGGGUGCAGCUGUUUGUGCACAAACUCAGCAAUCUAGAAAUCCAACUAUUUGGUUGAGUGAAUGGGCUCCAGAACCACGUGAUGUAUAUUGGGAAAAUCUUGCAAUUCCAUAUGUUUCACUUACCAUUAGAAGGCUAAUUAUGGGCGUUGCAUUCUUCUUUCUUACUUUCUUCUUCAUGAUUCCCAUAUCAUUAGUACAGUCUCUUGCUAGCAUUGAGGGGAUUGAGAAGAUUGCACCAUUCCUAAAACCCCUUAUUGAAAGGGACUUUGUUAAGUCAUUUGUCCAAGGUUUUCUUCCUGGAAUCGUGUUGAAGCUUUUUCUCAUUUUUCUGCCUACAAUAUUGAUGAUAAUGGCUAAAUUUGAAGGAUUUACAUCUCUAUCUUCUCUAGAAAGGAGAGCAGCAGCUCGUUACUACGUUUUCAACUUUGUGAACGUGUUCCUUGGCAGUGUUAUUGCAGGAGCUGCUUUUGAACAGCUGAAUACUUUUAUUAAGCAGUCUGCUAAUGAAAUUCCCAAGACAAUCGGUGUGGCGAUACCGAUGAAAGCGACUUUCUUUAUAACUUAUAUCAUGGUUGAUGGAUGGGCUGGCAUUGCUGGGGAGAUUUUGAUGUUAAAGCCCCUAAUAAUGUUCCACUUGAAGAACUUUUUCUUAGUGAAGACUGAAAAGGAUAGGGAAGAGGCAAUGGAUCCUGGAAGUCUUGGUUUCAACACAGGAGAACCUCGAAUUCAAUUAUAUUUUCUAUUAGGCCUCGUCUAUGCAACUGUGACGCCUCUCUUGCUUCCUUUUAUCAUAGUCUUCUUCGCCCUCGGCUUUGUUGUCUUCCGGCAUCAGAUCAUAAAUGUUUACAACCAGGAAUAUGAGAGUGCUGCGGCGUUCUGGCCUGAUGUCCAUGGGCGAAUCAUUUAUGCAUUGAUUUUCUCACAGGUGGUUCUAAUGGGACUACUAAGUACAAAGAAAGCUGCCCAAUCAACCCCAUUUCUAAUUGCACUUCCAGUAAUCACAAUAUCAUUCCAUCUGUACUGCAAGGGCCGUUACGAACCUGCAUUUAUCCGAUAUCCCAUAGAGGAAGCAAUGAUGAAGGACACUUUGGAACGUGCAAGGGAACCAAACCUGAAUUUGAAAGGAUACUUACAAACUGCAUAUGCCCAUCCAGUUUUCAAGGAAAGUGAAGAGGACGAUGAAGCCGAAUCAAACGAAGCAUUUGAAACAGAGAGUACGUUGGUAGCGACGAAACGCCAGUCGAGAAGGAACACUCCAAUACCGAGCAAAGCCAGUGUUCCUUCGUCUCCUUCUUUGCCCGAGGUUCGGAGGGAUAGGCAUCAACCUUGAAAAGUAAAUCAAAAGGUACAUAGGAUCCACAUCUCUUUGUACAUUUUACUGUAAACUAAAAUGGUGUCUGUUGUGGAGAAAUGAUGAUGCUGUAAAUUGUAUGAGAAAAGGUGUAGAAUGUAGAGUAGUAACCAAUGAGAAGAGUUGGAGUUGUCAUUAUGCUUAGCAUAGUAUAAUUUUUUCUUAUUUAGUUGGUUUUUUUAAUAAUAAGGAUUAUGAUAAAUUAUGUACUGUCGGGGCCUUUUCUGCAAUUUCCUGUUUUUUUUGGGUUCAAUGUGUAAACUAUUUUUGUGGCAAGCCCUCUUUUAUAGGUUAAAGGAGGAUUGGAUUUAACCUACAACUCUUAAUUGUUGAAUCUGAAGUGGACUGUAAUUGAGUGGAGUUUCUUGA